AUUCUUCCAACUCCUCCUUUCAAGUUCUAUGCUUGUCACUUGAAUCGGAACAAUGUCAGAGUACGAAAAAGAAACCGUUGUUGAGCUUCGACAAGAACUCAAGCAGCGUGAAAUUCCCAGUACAGGACUCACACGCAAGCAACAAAUUAUCGAGAAGUUGGAAGAAAAUGAUGCCGAAAGGGGGCAAGACAAAUCAGAAGCUGCUAUAGAUGAGGAAGACGAAGAUGAGGAAUCUUCGUCUGAAGAGCUCGACCUAGAGGAUGAGGAUUCAAUUGUGCCCAGCAAGCGAGCAGCCGAACACACCGAGUCUGCACAUGUCAAGAGGACGAAAACAAAGCACACCGGGAAAACUACUGGAACCGGAAAGCCUAGACUCACUACACCAGACAUCGAAUUUGACUACGACCGCUCACAACUUCGCGACCCACGUCCAACACCGGGCAGAAUAAAACGACCCCGCUACGAUGACCUCAGCUGUCCGGACGACCUAAAAGCCAAACUCAAGACCGAGUUCGAAGUGCGAAAGCCAGAUACACCAUCGGACGCUUCCCAAGAAUAUGAGCUUUAUGACAAUGAAGCAUUGAUGAAUCCAUUAUCAUCACUUCGCGAAGAGACUCUGAUGGAAUUGAAAGGACCAGGAGGCUCGCCAACAUAUGAUACAGCAGGCUUUGAGAUUGAUUAUCACAAGCUAGUCGACGGCACGAACCAACCAAUGACCAAACAUGAAAUGAUCAGCAAUAUGGACAAAUCGAUAGAGAAGGAUGAGAAAGAAAAGAAGGAGAUGUUCGAAUUGUUCUUUUUGCCUGAUGAGCAUCCUGAGGAUGAUCCACUAGGUCAUGAGAUUGAGAACUUUGUCAAAGACCAAGUAUCCAAGGACAUCGGUGUCCCGUGGCAUCAGAUUGGUCCGAAACAUGUUGAGCAAUGGUUGCAGAAAGGACACGAGAAGGUGGCAUUCAAGAAUUGGUGGAAGGAUCCAAAUGAAGAAGAGAUGAAAAGAAUGGAUAACAUGACCUGCGGAUGCGUAUUCAGAAAAGAUCUCUAGAUUGAUGAGACUUGACCAAGAAGUCGAUGUGGCUUGAAAUGGUCACUAAUGACUGUAUGAUUACUAAAUGGACUAUAGCUUUUCUAGCUCAAACCACCCUGUGUCUCUAAGAC